AUGGACGUUUCGAACGUGAACAAACCCGCCUCGCCGGUGCCUUCAUCGGCAGCCGUAUCGGAUGCUGACCCAGCCAGCCCGGCUUUGUCUGCCCUGGCUCGCUUCGAGUUCCAGGCAGGCAAAGGCAAAGAAGGCACCAAAAUUCUCAUGGUCGAGUGGGAUCCUUCAACCUCGCACGCUGACGCCGCGCCAUCCGCUGUCAGGACCUGGCAAGUAUCGUGGGAGGGCAAAACGAGCCAUCUUCCCGUCGAUGACGAGGAAACCGGCACAAAUAAGCGCGUCUACUUUCUUCUUCCACCAGGAUCCCCUAUCCCCCCUGUGGUCACCAUCACUCAUCCCGACGGGGUGACUCUUACUACCAAGCCACUGCCGGCCAUCUUUCCUCCUGGUUUAAGUGCCGCCAGCUCGGAAUCCGGGACGAGGGGUAUUUUACACACCAUUUGGGCCAAGAAGCGGCUCGCCGAACUGCAGAUCGAAAUUGAUACCGAAAUGAAGACCAAUUUUGAAAGCGUUGGACUUGAAAUCGCUCUUCAGGAGCGGCAGUGGAUUACCGACCACUUUGGUGUUACGCCUCGGGUCGACAUGAACACGAAAGCAGACACGUCGUCUUCUGCGCCUGGGGCCUUACCUAGUCCUAUAUCACCUAGGUCACCCGUCAGCGGCAAGCUUGGGGAGAAACUCAAAGGAUUGAGACUGGCAACGUCCGCGGCUGACCUCGUGGCUGGCUCAGCUGGCAAACAUGCGCACCUCUACCCCAUAUCAUUCUCUCCCGCCUCUGGUGACUUGGCGGUGUCGUCCUUCUCGAACUUUGCUCGGCAGCCUUCCAAAAUGAAUUUGGAGGUCUCUCAUUCACUGGAUGCUGUACUAGGUAACAACAACCCGGUCCCUCCGACGAAGCAGGAUCAUGACCAGGAGGAGGAUCUCUUUGCGCUCCCCAUGAGCCCUCGUAGCCCAGAGAUGGGGCGUAGUCCGUUCAGUCUUCGGUAG